AUGAAGCUCUCACUCCUUUCCCCUAUCACUGCACUCCUCACCCUCGUCUCAACCUCCGCGCUUCCUGCUGUUGAGGUCAACAUGGUUACCCGCGAGCCCGGAGUGUCCGACAUCGUCAAGCGUGCUUCGACUGUUGACAUCACAUAUUGCUCGGAGGUCAACUACGUCGGAUGCCAGCACCGAUCCUCCGGCCAUGGGGACUGUGCUCCUAUCGCUGCUGCUCGGGGACGACUUGGUGUGGGAAUGGGCUUUGAAUUCUACCCCACUUCUCCAGAGAUCCCAGGUCCUUCUACACGAGGGCCCUGUAUUUCGAUUACUACGUUAGAUAGGAUAUCCAUCUAG